CUCAUUUUACAUACAAUAAUUAGAGAAUCAGUUAGGCUAAUAGCAAUGAAGUUAAGUAAUAGUGCAAGAGAAGAAAACUUCAGAACUCUUUCAAGUCUCAAAUCUUCGUUCGAGAUUUCGAGCAGUUUCAAAAGUUAGUGCGGCGAUCUCUCGACAAUGGCACUUGUCAAAGAGAUUUGACGUCCUGCAUUAUUCAUGAUUCAACUCGAGUCGCAUUUAUAAAUAACUGCAGUAUUGAUGAACACUUGUUUGCUGAACGCCCAAACAUCGCACACACACACACACGUCGAAGCUCCGAGACGAUAUGCAAUCUCAACAUCUCUACACACAUUUCAACUCCGGUCUGGCUGCGUACAAGGACGGGGCAAGCGGACAGAACAUGGAUUUUCCAUACUCGCCAUGCAGAAUGCAACAGCCAACACCGAGUUUCUUUGGCAGUCAUCAAAGCGCUGUUCCCAGCUACAUGCCCGUAUCCACGAGUCCAGCGAGCGUUUAUCAACCCGCUGUUUCACCAAGCCCUGACGGCACAGUGAACUACGGACCCACUGCUGUGUCCGUUCAAAAUCCCCCUGGAGUGAGCCCGAACGAAAAUCAACAUUUGUACUACCCAACAGAGACUGGUUAUCCUCAAUACCCGUGGAUAAAAGGCGGCGAAACGCACUGGUGGCCAACCACUGGAAUAACAGCAGUAACACCAGCUAGCGUGUGGAGCACUCGACCAACGGAAGGAAAGAGAAAAAGAACAGCUUACACUCGGAAACAACUGUUAGAACUUGAAAAAGAAUUCCACUUCAACCAUUUCUUGACAAAAGAGCGCCGUGCUGAACUCGCCGCCCAGCUCAGCCUCACCGAAAGACAAGUGAAAAUUUGGUUUCAAAAUCGACGCAUGAAACACAAGAAAUGUUCCGGGGGUGCUACCGCCGGUGCCAAGGUGAAAUCCCCCACCGGAGACUCUCUUGUGCCAACCAAGCCAAUGACGCCACCGAAUACUUCACCUCAUAACAAUGAACCGAUAUUGAAACCAAUGACCACGCUACCAAGUUUGCCGCCAUUAUCCAGUAACAUCACUCCAGUUAUUACGAACGGUGCAAGUUCAGUUUUUCGUAUGUAAUGCAGUUACUGGCUAGCAAUGAUAAUUAGAAACCGCUGCUAGGAGUCUUGCAAGUCAAACCAAUUGGAUGUUCGCGUUUUCUUUACCAUUAUCGCAGAGAAUUUCAAAUGUGGGCAGCACUAAAGGCACAAAGACAAUCCUCGAGGCUCCUAACAGCGGUUCAAUGUUGUGUUUCUGUAGAACUGAUGUUUCUGCCUAUGAAAGAGCUGGACUCUUUACAUAGAAGUGUUAAAUCGUGAACAAGAAUUUCUACACGUUUGUAUAUAUCAUGAAAUCCAUAAUCUAAUGAAGACUGAUACGCUGAAACUCUGGAUUUAAGUCCAAGACAAAAGGACUGAACUAUAAGAAGAACUUCUAAGCCAUGACUAAAAAUUUUGACAAGUAAAAACCAACUGACUAUUGCACAAUCACAAUCAGCACCGAAAACUAUUUGUUGUAAAAUACUAUUUUAAAAUAAUUUAUUGUUUGAAUAUUGAUUAACAAAAAAACAACA